AUGGAGAGGGACAACAUGACCUGGGUGAGUGAGUUCAUCCUAAUGGGUCUCUCCAGUGAUAGGCAAACUCAGAUUGAACUCUUUGUCCUGUUUGGGGCUGCUUACCUGCUGACCCUGCUGGGAAAUGGUCUCAUCAUCCUCCUGAUUGGCCUGGACACGCGACUCCACCUGCCCAUGUACUUCUUCCUCUGCAACCUCUCAGUUGUGGACAUCUGCUACACCUCCAGCGGGGUCCCCCAGAUGCUGGUGCACUUCCUCCUGGAGAAGAAGACCAUCUCUCUCACCCGAUGCGGGACCCAGCUUUUCUUCUCCCUGGCCCUCGGGGGGACCGAGUUCCUGCUGCUGGCCGCAAUGGCUUAUGACCGCUAUGUGGCCAUCUGCGAUCCCCUGCGUUACAUGGCGGUGAUGAGCUCAAGGCUCUGUGUGGCACUAGCAGGUGUCUCUUGGCUUGUGGGCCUGACAAAUUCUGCCAUGGAGACGGCAGUCACCAUCCGCCUGCCCACCUGUGGGCACAACGUGCUUAACCACGUGGCUUGUGAGACACUGGCGUUGGUCAGGUUGACCUGUGUGGACAUCACCCUCAAUCAGGUGGUCAUAGUGGCCUCCAGUGUGGUGGUGCUGCUGGUGCCCUGCUGCCUGGUCUCACUGUCCUACACCCACAUUGUGGCUGCCAUUCUGCGGAUCCACUCCUCCCGGGGACGCCGCAAAGCCUUUGGGACCUGUGCUUCCCACCUCACUGUGGUCUCCAUGUCCUACGGGAUGGCCCUCUUUACCUAUAUGCACCCCCACUCCAUGGCCUCAGCCGAGCAGGACAAGGUGGUGGUACUCUUUUAUGCUGUGGUGACCCCCAUGUUGAAUCCUCUCAUCUACUGUCUGCGGAACAAGGAUGUGAAGGCUGCUCUGAGUCGAGUUCUGAUGAGGAGCUCUGAAUUAAAACAUUAG